AUAUUUUAAAAUAAGUAAUAAUUAUAUAUGUAUAUAUAAGAAGAUUGUGAGGUUAUGAUCAGUGAAAAUAAUAGGAGAAUAAAAAAUAGUGUUGAAUUUGAUUUGUUGAACAAGGAUUUGUUAUUUGGUGAUGAGGAAGAUUGAUCAGAAGCAAAAAGUAGGAAGUGGUGGUGGGAAUGGUUUUAUACCGAAUUCGUUUAGGUCGAUAUCGAGUUAUCUGAGGAUUGUGUCGUCUGGUGCGUCGACUGUUGCGUCGAGUGUUAGGUCUGCGGCAUCCGCUGCGAUAGUUGAUAGGGAUAGGGAUAAUGAUGCAGUUCCUGAUCAGGUUCUCUGGGCUGGGUUUGACAAGCUCGAACGUGAGGGAGAUCUCACCCGCAGAGUGCUUUUGCUAGGGUAUCAAUAUGGUUUCCAUGUAUGGGAUGUUGAAGAUGCAAAUAACGUGCGUAACAUAGUUUCUCGAUAUGAUGGUGCCGUUUCUUAUAUGCAAAUACUGCCAAAAUCAACUGUGUCAAACCAUUCUCAUGUUGAUUAUGCAAACGAGCGCCCUCUGCUUGUAAUUUGUGCAGCCGGGUCCUUCUCUGCAGGUGGAAAUGCUCAGAUUGGGCCAGGCAUUACUAAAAAUGGUCAUGAUCAACUAAAUGGUGGGUCUGUACCUACUGUAGUGCGGUUUUAUUCAUUAAAAUCCCAAUCCUAUGUCAAAGAGUUGAAGUUCAGAUCGGUGGUACACUCGGUGAGAUGCAGUUCGCGUGUUGUUGCUGUUCUACAAGCUGCGCAGGUGCAUUUUUUUGAUGUUGCAACCUUACAAAGGGAGUACACUAUUCUCACAAAUCCUAUAGUAGCAAGCUCUCCCCGAUUUGAAAAUAUAGGGUUGGGGCCCCUUGCUGUUGGUCCUAGAUGGAUUGCUUAUAGUGGUAGUGCUGUUGCAUUACCAAAUACACGUGUUAGCCCACAGCAUCUUACUCACUCUAGAACUUUUAAUACCCUUGGCACAAAUGGGAGCAUUGUUGCACACUAUGCAAAACAAUCAAGCAAGCAGCUUGCUGUAGGAAUUGUUACACUUGGAGAUAUUGGUUAUAAAAAGCUUUCUAGGUAUUAUUCUGAUUUCCUACCAGAUGGUAACAUGCCUCAGCAACUUAGUGACCCUGCAAGGAAGGAUAGUGGAACUCCUAAUGGCCGUUUACCAGAUACAGAGAAUGUUGGAAUGGUGAUAGUGAGAGAUGUUGUGAGCAAAUCAGUAAUUGCUCAAUUUAAGGCACAUGACAGUGCUAUCGCAUCUUUAUGUUUUGAUCCUAGUGGUACCUUGUUGGUAACAGCUUCGGUUCAUGGUCAUAACUUUAAUGUUUAUCGUAUAAUGCCUGACCCAGAAAACAGUGCAUCUUAUGUACACCUUUACAGGCUUCAACGUGGUUUUACAAAUGCGGUUAUACAGGACAUAAGUUUUAGUGUGGACAGCCGUUGGAUCACUAUAAGUUCCUCAAGAGGCACCAGCCAUCUCUUCGCUAUAUCUCCAUCUGGGGGACCAGUUAAUAUACAAACAGUUGAAGAAUUUUUGACUACUAACAAUCAAGGAUACAAUUAUGACGCCACCAAUAAGCCUCCAAUUACACUUUCUGCGGUUGGCAGAAUAAGAAAUGGAAAUAGUGGGUGGAAAAACAUGGUGACUGGGGCGGCGGCAGCAGCAUCUGGUAGGAUGAAUUCAUAUUCCGGGGUUAUUACUUCUACUUUCCAUAAAUGCAAGAGUAAUAAUAUGGACAGAAGUAUAGGCUCUGAUACGUCAAAAUACCACAUGCUGGUUUUUUCUUCGUCUGGUUAUGUGAUUCAGUAUGCAUUGCGAUUAUUGUCUGAAGUAGAAGCUGAUUAUAAAUCAGCUCCUGAUCAUGAUUCAAGAUUAGUUGUUGAGCCGAUUCAGAAGUGGAACAUUUGUAAUAAACAGAAUAGAAGGGAACGAGAAGAAAAUGUGGACAUUUAUGGUGAGAAUGGGCAUACAGACAAUAGGAAGGUAUUCCCUGAAAGAAGUGGAAAUGAAAAUAGCGAUUACUUUGAUGGUAUGAGUAAGCUAAAAAAAGAUAAUGUCAGUGUUGAGGAAAGGAAUCAUGUUUAUAUUUCUGAAGUUGAGUUACAUAUGCAUCCUAUACAGACCCCGCUGUGGGCAAGAGCACAGAUAAACUUCCAAUCUUUGAUGGUACAAGAUAUCACAAUGGACGGGGAAAACAAUUCAGAGGGCGAAUUUGAAAUUGAGAAGAUUCCAGCCCACACAGUUGAAGCUCGGUCUAGGUACUUGGUACCAGCUGUUGAUCUUCAAGGGCCCAAGGGUCAAAUGACAAGAGUUCCUUCUUCAGAUAACAAUAGUAGUGGGAGCACUCAUCACUCCUCCGGGUUGUAUGAACAUGAUAACUUUUUUAGUGGAAGCAGCCCAUCCGGGUUGUAUGAACAUGAUAAGCUUUCGAAUGGUAGCAGCUUUGAUCCUAUCCACUCAAUGACAGAUACUGUUGCAGAUAAUGGACUUAAGAAUGGCAAUGAAGAAACUGGGGAGGAUGCUUGUCAAAUGCCAUUAGAAGAUACUAAUGGCUUUGUAAAUAACGACAGCGGUCCAAUAUCUCACACUCAACCUGAGACUGUAAAUAAUAGAGAGCACUCAGUGAGUGAGACCCAGCCCCAGCUUGUAAAUAAUAAUGUAGAUCAGAAACUGGAGAACCACUUUGAAGAUCAGGGUGAUGAGUUUGAUUGAAGGUUAUACGUCUUGUUUCAAUUCAACCGAGGGUUUUACUUCUACAUGAUGGUUCUAUUGUAAAGAAAAGUGAGUCUCGAUGAGAGCUUUAUUUGAGUGUGGGGUUCGGAGAUUGUUUCAAGGUUUGUUGUUCUGAUGACCAAUGUAAAUAACACCUGAAUCAUCAAAAAAUAAUCAGUUGUAUAGAUGUGGAUAGUAGCAUCAAGUGCAACUGUUUGAUUUCUGGUUUUUCGUAUGUUUCUGUUGUAUUGGUUUCUAAGGUGGAAAGUAACAUAUAUUUCAUGACCAAA